AAAGAUUAAUCAAUUAACGUUUUCCUAAUUAACCGAGUCAGCUAUGCCCUUGAACAAAUCUUUGACAUUUUGACAAUAUUUCACGUUAAAAUAAUCAGCAUAAAAUCGCAAAAUGGGCGCCUUUUUAUCUUGCAUCGAAGAUCAGGUGCCCUCCAUGCAGAGACUUCGAUAUGACAUGACCCCAAUUAAAUCAAAGUAUUUGCCCAUUAUCUGGCUAGUGGGCCCGCCAGGGUCGGGGCGCAACACCCAGGGGAAGAUGUUGUCCGAAAAUUUGGAAUUUUCGCACAUCAAAGUGGCGGACUUGUUGAGAGAGGAAGCCGAUAAUGACACGGACAGGGGGCGGCUUAUCAACGAGGCGCUCCACCACCGCUCGAAAAAAAUCCCAGACUCUAUCGUUAUCGAUUUAAUCAAAGAGGAAAUGUUGCGGAACUCGGUAAAUUGCAAAGGAUACAUUAUCAAUAAUUUCCCGAGGAACAGCAAACAGGCUGCGCUCUUUAUCAAAGAAAUCGACGACGUGGACGCGAUUAUUUACUUGUCGUGCGACGUUCCCGUGAUGGUGCGGCGGAAGAAAAUCAAGAGCGAGGGCCGCCUGGACGAAGAAGUCAUCAAAAAGUCGAUCACUUCCUACAUGAAGGAAAUCAAAGAGGGGACAUCAAAGUAUGGGAGCAAGAUUGAAAAGAUCCGCGCCAAUGAGGACGCCAACGAGGUCUAUACGAAGAUUGAAGCCGCCAUUUCAGUCCGGAUUAGCACAAGAACUAGGAUUUCGAACGAGGCAGAUUACGCCCAGUCACAAGAGAACGAAUCAGUGGUCUCCUCAGUUUAACUCUUUCCGGUGCUUUGUAUUCGAAAUUUCCCAAUAAAAGCGUAAUUUUCGCCA